CCCUAUCGGAGCUAGUGCUACGUCAUCACAUGCUCGUCGCAUCCCAUAGCAAAUCAACGCGAUGCCAGAGCGCGCCCGCCACUUGGCUCAUUCCAAAACCGACCCUUUUCCAUGCCCUCACCCACCAGUACAGCUUUACAGCACAGUACACCAGAGACGCCCAUCUGCACAUCCAACAGCCGGCUGUCUUCAUUUGAUGCCUAUUUUGCACGCCGCCGACCAUGGCAGCCGGACCACGAACGCCUAGCAACGGGAACCGCGCAGGCGGGGAGGAACCAAGGCUGGAAUUGAAGGACGAGGACUUUCCCGCCCUCCCCCCGGCGCCCGCGUCGCCCGCCGCCAGCCCGCCGGCGAGCACGACGGUGGCGGGUAGCCCCGGGCGCAAGGACGGGGCCUACGCAAAAGACUCGUCCUCCGAGGGCGGCGGCCCCUGGGCCCGCCAGCCCAGCAACAGCAGCAGCAACCGCCCAGCCAGGAAAAAAAGCCACCACCACGGCCAUCCUGGCCGCCACGGCAAGCGCUCGACCGCCGCCGUGGCCAAACGCGGCGUCCGGGGCCGCGGCUCGCCCGGGUCCUCUGUGGGCUUCGGCGACGACCUGGACGAGCGGUCGUCGUCGUCGGACGACGAGGACUCGGAGGAGGACGAGCGGCAGCGCGGCUGGAGGAUACGGCUGGCGCCCUGGAACACGCCGCUGCACCGCCGGCUGCAGACGGCCGUGGUGCUCCUGCACUGCCUGGGCAUGGGCCUCACCUUCUCGUUCUUCUGCUUCCUCUGCACCAUGCCGUUGCUCUGGCCCGUCCUCGUCGCCUACUACUUCGUCUACGUCUACCUCUCCCAGGCCGGGACCGACGGCAGGACGGGCCGCCGCGUCGACUGGCUGCGCAGGUCGCGGCUCUGGGUCCACUUUGCAAACUACUUCCCCGCCAGGCUGCACAAGACGGCCGACCUGCCGCCCACGCGCAAGUACAUAUUCGCCGUCCACCCGCACGGUAUCAUCUCGCACGGCGCCUGGGCCGCCUUCGCGACCGAGGCCCUCGGCUUCUCGGCCAAGUUCCCAGGCGUCACCAACAGCCUCCUGACACUCAACGGCAACUUCAAGACGCCCUUCUACCGCGAGUACCUGCUCGCCAUGGGCCUGCUGUCCGUCUCCAAGGAGUCCAUCACCAACGCCCUGACCAGAGGCGGCGUCGACGGCGAGGGCAUGGGCAACGCCGUCUCCAUCGUCGUCGGCGGCGCCCGCGAGGCCCUCGAGGGCCAGCCCCGCACCAUGCGCCUCAUCAUCGAGCGCCGCGGCUUCUGCCGCAUGGCCAUCCGCACCGGCGCCGACCUGGUGCCCGUCCUCGCCUUUGGCGAGAACGACCUGUACGCCCAGUGGGGGCCCCGCGACCACCCGUGGUUCCACAGCAUGCAGAAGAAGGCCCUCGCCCUCCUCGGCUUCUCCGUCCCCGUGCUGCAGGGUCGGGGGGUGUUCAACUACGACUUUGGCAUCCUCCCCCACCGCCGCCCCCUCAACGUCGUCGUCGGCGCCCCCAUCAAGGUCCGCCAGGAGGGCCGCGGCGCCGACGACCUCGAGCGCGAGACGGAGAACCUGCACAGGAUUUACGUCCAGAGCCUCGAGGACCUGUAUCACCGCUACAAGGACGUCUACUUUAAGAACCGUAAGGAGGAGCUUGUCUUUGUGGAUCGGAAAUGAGCCCCGCUCCCCUCUUUUGGCUAUUAUUUUCUUGUCUACUUUGUAACAACAUACCCUGUGGUUUUAUCCCCCGUUUUUUUUUUUACGUCCUUUCUUUAUUUUUUACCGGCACUUCCAUUUUGUCCGUAACGUUGGGCGAGGAUGAAAAUCGGAUCUAGACUAUGCUCAUGGGCGCCUGCUAAACAAAACCUUGAAGUAAGCACACUGGAUACAGACCUAGCACCGAUUUUUCUUUUUGGCGUAAUGAGAGAGAGGCCCAUUAGAGGAUACGGCGAUGCGAGAAUUUCAGACACUGGCAAUGCAACAUCCCUCCGCGUGGGCGUCUGUGUAAGAGGUCCAUUAUGAUCACCGGGCGACACUCUUGGAGGUUUAAAGUCUACCACCAAAGAAGACUACAACACAAUAUGAAAAAGGGCAGUGGCCAUCAGCAGGUGCGCGUCCUUGAUGGGUAACGAGGCAGUGAGUGCUGCCGGCUGGUGAUGGGUAAAUAUAAUACACUUUGUUCGGCCCAGAUUCACCCCUUGAACAAACAAAGGUGUUAGCGAGCGCGAGAGAAAGGCAAGAAAAAAAUGACCAAGGACGAUGGUAGCCAAGGGAAGGAACGCAGGCAGGCAGCCGUCAUGAAAGCAUAAAGAGUCGACAUCUAGGAAAAGGGAAAAAAAAAAGAAGGUAAAAGAGAGAAAGAAGUUGAAGAAAUGACGAGCACAAAAAACCUCCGAGGCCGCUUCUCUCUAUCUUUCCCAAUAAUUCUUUUCCCCGCCCUUCCUCUCCCUGAUGCAAGAUGGACA